AUGGCUUUCACCACUAUCAUAGUACACUAUUGUGAUAAGGAAAAAAGCCUACACCCCGGAAGAGGGCCGCCAGAAUACUUCAAGCGCAAGGAUCGCGAGCUGGACAUUCAUAUUCUGGAAUCGGGGGCAUAUCGUCAACUAAAGGAGCGAGGGCUAUGCGACGGCGGCAUUGUCCCUCGCUUUUUCGGCACUAUGGACAAGUUUCACCCCCGACAAUGCCUGCCUUAUCUCAAGGCAUUUGUUAAUGACGAGUACUUUCCAAGUGCAAUCUUCUUAGAUUACACUCCGAAUAUGGAAAUGAUCCAGCUGCAUAACUAUACCAGGGAGAGGACAGAUGAUUUAAUCCGAGGCAUUCAAGAAAUACCCAAAGUGUUACUAAGAUACCACAAGGAUCCCAAAUCCCAGAAAUCUGAUGGUUGUAAAGAACGACCCGAGAAAGAAGAGAGUUAUCUGGAUAGGCUUCAACCGCGUAGAGACUUACGACCCAGAACUCAUUACGGAGAAACAAAAGCAUUGCAUUGA